UCCAGGGUAUACUGAAAAUUUAUCAUACAUUUUCUGCUUUCACUUGAAUAUCAGUCCCAAACACUCACCUUUCAACGAAAAAUUGGAUUUGAAUGCCCUUUUUUGUAGCCAAAAAAAGCAAAACAAAAACACACUUUUCAUGUCUAGUACGUACUUGAAUUCGUGUGUAAUCAAACAGUGCCGUGUUUUUAGUGAAUAAUUAAAAGAAAGUUUAGUUUAUCUAUGUCAGAUUGUUGGUUUGGACAACAACAACAACUUCUAGAAGAAGAAAUAUUUUUUAAUUUUUUUGUAACAGAGGAAAGUUGAUCGUUUGCACUUGCCCCGAGUUUGCACUUGCCCCGGUGUACCUUACUUCAUUCAAAACUUUUCGGCUAUUUCCUACAACUGAGACAUUAAACCGUCUCUUACUCGUUCCUUCCAUCUGAAUCGGUUGGCGGUCGGCCAUUCGGAUUGAACAUUGCGCUCAACUACCGUGACGCCAGCGGAAAUCAGUUUUCCGAAGCCGUCUUCAAUGAAACCGUUUCGCUUAUCGAAAUCGAUGAGGGUUUGGAUGGGGAAACGUUCUUCCUGGCGGCUGUUGUAGUUUUGCUGUUGGUGCUCGUCCAACAAUUCCUGACAUUGUAUGGCAAGCGUGAACGCUCCCCAGCUGCCCGUAAAACUGUGGAAACCGGAACCACCAGUACCAAGGAUAUGGACUAUGAAUGGAUUCCACAAGAAACACUCAAGAGGAUUCAAAAUUCUCCCAAGGGCGGCAAAAUGUCCCCAAAGCAAAGCCCACGGCAGCGGAAGACAAAGUGAUCUGUCGGUGCCGAUGAUUAGAUCAAUGGCUUGGAGAACUCAUUACUUUGAGAAGGGUAGCUAUCGUUAACAAAGCAUGAAACCAGAGACACAAAUAUGUAGAAUGCCCAUCACCAUCAUCAACACAAAGGCAAACCGAAAUUUACCUAUAGGAACGAUGCGAAAGAUGAAUGAAGAGGACAAACAGAAGAUCAUGCAACAGGUGGAACUGUUCCGGCGGGAGAAGCUCACCUUGGACUCGGAAGUGGCUAAGUGGGACGAUACCGGCAAUGAUAUCAUCUAUAUGGCUAAGCACAUGUGCAUGAUCAUGAUGGAAAUGACAGACUUCACUCGCGGCCGUGGACCGCUCAAGACCACUAUGGAUGUGAUCAAUGCUACCAAAAAGAUCUCGGAAUCCGGCACCAAGCUGGAUAAGCUGACUCGCGAGAUCGCCGACCAAAUGUCCGGAAAGUUCCACGAAAAAGGAUCUGCUGGCAUAUCUGCAGCGUAUCGCUCUAUACUGCCUCCAGAUCCAGAUCACGUCCAAGGUCAAAGCGAAUGUGCAAAACAUCAGCGGUUAGCUGAUAGUGUCCGGGAAUCUUAUGAAUUCCGUCGUCUACACGGUUAAGUAUUCGUACGUCGCUUCCACCAAAUACACUCGACAGGAAAUUGUUUCGUCUCCAAUCGUGCUGUGGAAGAUGAAGGCCCCGGAGAAGAAACCGCUAGUGCGUCCGGAGAAACCGGAAGAAGUGCGGGCCAAGGUACGACGAGCGUCCCAGAAGAAGGCCCAGAAUCCCGUUCACGCCCUGUCUGAGUUCCAAAGCCCCACGGAUGCCGUCUAAAGAGGAGGGCAGCAGCUCAUUCAGGGGGGAACAAAACUUACAGCCUGUAUGCUGUAGGGAAAGCAUUAUUUUUGUUUUGUUUUAGAUUUUAUCAUGAGCUGAUAUCAAAGCAGCUUAUAAUAGUUAGAUUAUCAGAGCAGAAUCUAAUAGAGGAAAGGAAUUUUAAAGGUUGUAAACCUCAUUGCGAGAACAAAUUUGGCCCUCAAAAUAGGAAACCCCAUUUUAUAGAAAAGCUAUAUAAAGAACGAUGGUCUAUAUUUCAUCACUAUUUUGUAGUUUUUUUUUUGUGUAUCGCAUCGUUAUAUUUAUUUAUACAUUUCUCACCACGUAAUGAGUAGAUGCAUUUUAUCAAUACUUAUAUAAUCGCACAGUCAACAAGAGUUUGUAAACCAGUUUUUUGGAGAAUGAAAACAAUUAAACUUCUUACUCUACAUUGAUAUUGAAAAUUUUCCAAUGUAGCUUUUAACGUUGAAAGUCGCACCGAAUUUACAUAUACUGUAAUAAGGUAAUCAUUCAUGCUAUUAUUCAAAGAUAGUUAAGAAUCUUAAUAUGAUUAAAAAAAAAAGAUUGAAAUCAUAAAAGACAUCCUCGAGCUUAGCAACAGCCAACGGCAACACAAAUAAACUCAAUUAAUGUACUGUUAGAACAAGAUAAAGAACGAAUUCAUAAAUGGCAAACUCAUCGCGUUGUCAGCAUUCCUAUGUUUUACCUAUAUAUACCUAUAUAUAUAUAUACCUAUAUAUACGAAGAAUAUUGCACUGAGUAUAUGAAGCAGCAGCAGAAGAAAAAAAAACUAUAAAACUUGUUACGAAAGUGUUUCAAUUUUCUUAGAAGUCAACUGAAAUUUUAACUUGCAUCCCCGCCCCUAGACACACCAACAUAAAUAAUACUCACAAGGCAGAACAUGACACAAAAUAUUCAUCGAUAGAAAAAUAAAAAUUGACGGAAAAUAUGUGUAU